UCAUAUUUACAGAAAACAGCUAAUAAAUUUUAUAUUCAAGGAUAACAUAUUUUCCAUCCUAUUAUAUAGCAAUCAAGUGAUUCAAUAAAUUCUAUAUAUAAAGCUCAAACAUGUAUGCAUUUAUUUAAUAGAAAAUUUUUUUAAAAUCAAAAAACUUUAAAAAUUAAAAAUAAAACAACAACAACAACAUAAUAAAUAGUGAAUAAUUUAAAGAUAUGCCAGAAAAGUCAUUAUUAAAAAAUGACUAUUUAACCACAUUUCAACAACAACAGCAACAAAAUCAACAACAACAAAAACAACAUCAACAACAAUAUAAAAAUAAAAAAUUUUCAAUAUUAUGUGACAUUGAAUCAACUACACCAUUAUUGUCAGAAACAAUAUUAGUAAAUGAAAAUCAAAAUCAUAAUAAAAAUUCAAAAUACAAAAUGGAUGAUUCAAAUGCAACACCAUUAUUAGGUGGUACAACAAAAUUAAGUGUUGAAAGUGAUGAUGGUACUAGUAGUUGUGUUAUGCCAAUAUUAACAAAUGAUGAUUGUACUAAUAGUAUUAUUAGUAAUAGUAGUGGUGGUUUAAUUAGUGGCAUUAGUGGUAAACAUAAUAAUACAAUAUUAAUGAAUAACAGUAAUAAUAUUAAUUCACAAUUGCUACCAUCAAUUAAUAGUACAAAUAAUGGUCCAUCAAUUAUAACAACAUCAACUGGAACACUAUCAACUGGUCAACUAUCAACUAUUAAUUGUAAUAAUAUAUCAAAUAAUAAUAAUAAUAUAAAUAAUAUUAAUAAUAAUAGUAAUAAUUGUAGUAAUAAUAUUAUUAAUGAUAAUAUAGGAACAACAAAUCUUAUUAUGAAUAAUACAAAUUCUGGUAAUAAUAAUUUUAAUAAUAAUAUUAGUAGUAAUAAUACAAUAAAUAGUUUAAGUGGUAUUAAUAAUAUGUCAUCAUCAACAAUAAUUGGUAGUGGUAAUAGUGGUACCGGUGGUGGUGGUGGGGUUAGUAAUACAGUUAUUGUUGGUGGUAUUGGCAUUAAUAAUAAUAAUAGUAAUAUUAAUAAUAAUAGUAAUUUGACUGGUAAUAAAUUAUUAUCAACAGCACCAACAGCAACAACAACAAUUGUACAUUUUGGUCCUGGUGGUGGUAUGCCACCACGUACAUCAUUACAGAGAAAUUUUAAUGGUUCAAAUAGUAAUAAUAUUAUUAAUAAUAAUAAUAGUAAUAGUAGAACAACAACAGCUGUAGAAUGCCUCCUAUUUAAAGAACCGCAAUUACGUAGAAAACUUUUAAUAUUGGCAAUUGCAUUUACGAUAUUCGGUGCUGCAAUUGGAGCAUUAACAAUAUAUUUUGCUGGAGGCUAUCGUUGCCUUAGUAAUAGUGCUAAUAGUAAUAAUGCUAAAUUGGAGCAAACUGUGUGCCUAACGGAGGAGUGCGUAAGAACAGCUUCAUCGUUAUUAGCUGCAAUGGAUCAAAGCGCUGAUCCUUGUGUAGAUUUUUUUCAAUAUGCUUGUGGUACAUGGAAUAAAAAGCAUUUAAUACCAGAGGACAGAGGUUCAAUUAGCACAUUCGAAGUACUAGCUGACCAACUGCAAGUUAUAUUAAAAGGAGUGUUAGAAGAAUAUAUUAAUGAUCAGGAUAAUCAAGCGACAAUAAAAGCAAAAAUGUUUUAUAGAAGUUGUAUGGAUAUAGAACAAAUACGAAGAACAGGGGAUUUACCAUUAAAAAAAGUUUUAAGAAAAUUAGGUGGUUGGCCGGUAGUAGAAAAAGAUUGGACAAUACCAAAUUUUACGAUAGAAUAUUUAUUUGGUGUGUUACGUGGUGAAUAUAGUGAACCAGUUCUUAUUGAACUAUAUGUUAGUGCUGAUGAUAAAAAUUCAUCAGUUAACAUAUUACAAAUAGAUCAAUUAGUUUUAGCAUUACCAUCACGUGAUUACUAUUUAAAAGAAAGUAGUGAAAAUGAUUUAAAAGCAUAUCAUCGUUAUAUGACACAAAUAGCUAUAUUACUGGGUGCUGAUCCAAAAACAGCUAAAGAUGAAUUAAAUGAUGUUUUACAAUUUGAAAUAAAUUUAGCAAAUGUUUCAAUGCCAGAAGCUGAUCGUCAUGAUACAAGUUCCAUAUAUAAAAAAUUAACCUUACCUGAAUUACAAUCACAAAUACCACAAUUAAAUUGGACCGAUUAUUUACAAUCAACAUUAGGAGCAGAUAUAAAAUUAAGAUCAGAUGAACCUAUAGUUAGUUAUGCAAUGCCAUAUUUAGUUCAAAUGGGAAAAAUUUUAGCACAAACUGAUCGCAGAAUAAUACAUAAUUAUGUAAUAUGGAGAUUAGUUAUGUCAAUAAUGACACAUAUGAUAGAUGAUUAUGAAAGGGAACGUGUUGAAUUCAAAAAAAUAUUAGUUGGUAUACAAUCAGAGAGGGUGAGAUGGUCACAAUGUGUUGAAUGGACAAAUAAAAAAUUAGGUAUGGCAGUUGGUGCAUUAUUUAUACGAGAUAAUUUUAAUCAGGAGAGUAAAGAAACUGCAUUAGAAAUGAUACAUACAAUUAGAGCAGCAUUUAAUGAACUUUUAGCUGAUAUACAUUGGAUGGACGAUGAAACCAGAGCUGUUGCAAAAGAGAAAGCAGAUGCAAUGAAUGAAAGAAUUGGUUAUCCAGAAAUUUUAACUGACCCAAUAGAAUUAGAAAAAGAAUACGUAAAUUUGACCAUCUGGGAAGAUCAUUUCAUGAAUAAUGUAUUAAGUAUUUUAAAAUGGGAUGCACAACGUAAUCUUCAAUUGUUGAGGAAACCCGUUGAUAAGGAUAAAUGGACAACUGAACCAGCUGUUGUAAAUGCUUUUUAUAAUCCCAAUAAAAAUGAUAUUGUAUUCCCAGCUGGUAUAUUACAACCACUUUUUUAUAGUCAACAUUUUCCAAAAUCGUUAAAUUAUGGUGGAAUUGGUGUUGUCAUAGGUCACGAAAUAACACAUGGGUUUGAUGAUAAAGGUCGUCAAUUUGAUAAGGAUGGUAAUAUGAUGCAAUGGUGGAAUAAUGCAACAAUACGUGCUUUUAGAGAGCGAGCACAAUGUAUUAUUGAUCAGUAUUCGAGAUAUAAAAUUGAUGAAGUCGGACAAUAUAUGAACGGUAGAAUGACUCAAGGUGAAAAUAUUGCUGAUAAUGGAGGAUUAAAACAAGCUUUUCGGGCAUUUCGAAAAUGGGUAUCAAAACAUGGUUCAGAAGCAGAUUUACCCGGAUUAAAUUUAACACAUGAUCAAUUAUUUUUCCUUAAUUAUGCACAAAUAUGGUGUGGUUCAAUGCGGCCACAAGAUGCAUUAACAAAAAUUCGUUCAUCUGUUCAUUCACCAGGUUUCGUCAGAGUAUUAGGUCCAUUAUCAAAUUCAGUAGAUUUUGCUAAGGCCUAUAAAUGUCCUUUAGGUUCACCAAUGAAUCCAACAAAUAAAUGUAGUGUUUGGUAAAUAAAUAUAUUUGUAUACCAAUAAUAAUAAUAAUAACAAAAUUAAUAAAUAAAUUCACCUACCAUUUAGAAAUAAUAGAUUUAAUUAAAUGAAAAAAUAAAAAUGUAUAUGUAUAUUAUUAACUAUGUAUAUGCUUUAAUUAUUUACCAUAAAAUGAAUUUAAU